UGUGCGAUGUCGGGAGUGACCGAGCGUGUUGGGCGGGGUCAUCGUGGUUGGCCGAGUCGGCUGAGUCGGCCAGGCGCAAGGCGGUGACGCGGCGAGUCGACGAGGCUAGCGAGGCCUGCUGGCCAAGGCCGACUACUGCAGGGUACGGGCCACGACACACGUCGCCGGGGAGCCUGUGGCUGUAAGAGGAUGUACGACGUGGUGGUGGUUGGUUGUGGGCCUGUGGGUGCCACCACGGCUGCGCUGCUCGCCCGACAUCGCGCGCUGAGCGUGGCGGUCGUCGAGCGCGAGCUCGAAGUCAAUACCCAGCCGCGGGCAGGAGCGGUGGAUGCCGACGGCCUGCGGAUCUGGGCCGAUGCCGGGCUGAGUGACGAGCUGCUGGACCAUCCGCUGCCGCUGGCGGUUCACCUCUCGACCUUGGAAGAGCGCGAUGGUGGCGAUCGGCGAGUGCGGCCAAGAUUGACACUGCCAUCAGCGACAUCAGAUCACGGCUUUCCGACCGUCUCGUUCUUCUACCAACCAGCGGUCGAGUCUGGCCUGCGUGCGGUGCUUGAGGCGCGGGAGAACGUAGAUCUGGUACUGGGCUCGGAAGUGCUGGAUGUGCGGGCGUCGUCGGGUGAUGCAAGCCUGAUCGAGGUGGUGCGGACCGCGGUCGACGGGCCGGAGCAGGUGAUCAUGACCGCGCGGUACGUAGUUGUUGCCGACGGCGGAAGUUCUACAGCUCGGGGCGCGCUGGGUAUUGGUCUGAGUGGGAUGUCGUGGGCGGAGGAGCGGUGGCUGGUGGCGGAUCUUGUCGAUGUGCCCGAGUCGGUCCGUCGCGGCGCCGGCGAGCUGGACGCACUCAAUCGUGGGUUCCACUUUCUCUGCGCACCGUCGCGGCCCGGCGUCCACCUCCCACUGCCGUUCGAUCACAUCCGGGCCGAGUUUGCCCUGAACGCCGGCGAGAUCGAGGCGUUCCGCGCGGGCGAGUUGGAUUUUCUCCGCGGAGCGCUAUCUGAGCGAGGACUGGACUUUGGUUCAGCCCAGGAGCUGGAAACCUGCGUUGUCCGCAGCGCCGUUUACACGUAUCAUGCACGGACGGCAGACAGAUUUACAGCGCUGGGCGGGCGGGUCGCGCUUGUUGGCGAUGCAGCUCACAUGCUGCCGCCGUUUGGCGGCCAGGGCCUAGUUUCCGGCCUCCGCGACGCAGCGUGUGUGGCGAGCAAGAUCUGGCUCGCGCUUGCGCACCACGGCUCACCGGAGAUAGUGGCACAGUAUGAGGCAGAGCGCCGGCCGCACGUUUGGGCGGCGAUGUGGUAUGCGCGGAUCAUGUCGGCUGCGGUGGCAACGAGUUGGCGAGCCUUUGUCGCUCUCCGCAACAUGGUUCUUGCCGGGCUGAAUGCAGCACCGGAAUGGGUUGUCCGCAAGCUCCGAUUCGUGCCGCGAGUGGGGCUUGCCGUCGGCGACACGGUGCCUGUCUUUGAUGCGCAAAGCUCGUGGAGCAGCGAUGUGGCUGGCUUUGCGGUGACUCGCGUCUGCCAGCAGAGUGUCCGCAGCUAG